AUGUGUCACUUGCCAGUUCCUUUUUCGGAAGAUGUGGCCACACGACUUUUUGACUUCGGGCAGUGCCACGUGCAGCUCUUCGGCGGACUCUUGCCCAUGGCCACGGUGCUGCUACGGGGACUGGAGAGCAAGCCCAAACUGAAUGGGCGACAGGUGAAUCUGGUGUGCUUCCAUGAAGAGCGGGGUCGAUGGGAGGUGGAGCUGGAGGGUGCCAUGCCGAUGGUCGACCUCUUCAAGGUGGCCACUGGGUCGAAGCGCUGG